AUGUCAGAAAAUAAUUCUUUAACUACCCCAGGAGGGUUAAAUCCCUCCCACGGUAAAAAUACCGUGGCAGCCGAUCCGCAUCGUAUUCUGGGGGCGGAUCAAACUGAUGAUAUUUCACAACGACCUUUGGCUAAAUGUACUACGGAUAAAUCGAAUUUGCAAAUGAUUGGGGAUACCAGUUUGGAGUUGGUGGCACCGUGUGCUAACUCAACUCCUCCUAUACUAGGUGAAAUAGCUGCUCAGGCAGUUGCUCCAUUGGAGUCUGACUCUGCUGAUUCCAUGGUUAGUCGUUCAAGUGGCCGCAUUAUGUGUCCACCACCUUGUUUAGUAAGUGAGAAUACGAAGGGCCGAUUUUGGCGCAACAGGAAGCGCAUUAGAAAAGACGAGGGCAGUUCUAGUGAUUCUCUUGCUGCAUCUGAAAACCGUUCAGGUUAUUGUAAAGCUCGAAGGAUGGAGCUGGAGGAUCGAGCGGAAGUUGAUCUUCUUUCCUUUAAUUCAGCUACAGGCGACGAUACUGGAUUGGAUGUUCAAAAACGAAUCGUUUCUAACCUUGAGGUUGUUGAAAGGGUGGCAGGAAGUUCAAGGAAUUUAAAAGGCACGUUUGUUGCAGCUCUUAGAAAGGCUGCCAGAGAAAUUAAAGAGGAUGCUGGAAAACUCGCAGAUAGAACGUUGACUGAUGAGACUAGUGCUCUCAGAGCUGAGAAUGAGCGUCUCCGAGUUCAGUUAGAUGUACUCCAAAAGGAAAUGAGGGAGUUACGAGCUUUGAUACAAUCUGGUGCCAAGGAUGCGGCUCCAGUUCAAUGUCUGGAAGAUUUUGAAGCUAAGAUGAUGCGCCAGAUUGGUAAUAUGAUCAAUGCUCGUUUAGAGGGUUUAGAACCUCGACUAAAUCCAGUUGUUAGACUUCGUCCUCCUCUUGCAGUAGAUAGAAUAAAUGAGAAGAAGAAGGUAGGCGGUUCUGCAGGGCCUGUCGCUCAAGCAAUUUUAGAUGCACCUCAGUCCAAGAUGCAGAAAAAAAAGAAAAACAAAAAAAAGAUGAAGGCAUUACAUGAGGGUGUUAAGAGUGUUGUGGUCUCUACCACUGUCCCUUCUGGGACAACUAUCACUCCUGAGUCUGAUGAUGUGCGACCUUCAAAUGUCGUGUCGGAUGGAGAUUGGGUGGUAGUGGCUAGGAAGGGGCCAGGACAAGGAGUAGCACCCUGGUACCAUGAGGCUGCUGCCUUGGCAGAUGUGUACUGGAAGAGAGCGCAAUUUAGAAGGGUAGGUGGCGAACCAACACGUGAACAUUUAAGCAUAUGGCAAGAGGAGGGCCGGGAAACCACAAUCUUACUGUGGAAAGAUGAGUUGGCUAACUCUAGAGUUGGUGUUUGGACUAUAGAAGCUAUUCUCCCAGUUUUUGAUGAUUGGCUUAAUAGGCGAUGGGGUACUUUGUCGUAUCGGCUGACGCAAGGCCUAACAGGUCACGGCUGUUAUGGUUCGUACCUUUACAAGGUGGUUCGAAGGGAACCAUCCCCUAUUUGUCAUAGAUGUGGGUGCCCUGAAGACACUCCCCAGCAUACUUGGUUAGAUUGCCCUGCAUGGUGUCUUCAGCGGAGGACCAUGUUUUCUAUAAUAGGCUUGGUCCAAACUGGUGGCAAUACACCCACUCUCUCUACCCUUGUCAGAAUUAUGCUACAGGAUGAAAGUAGAUGGCGGGCUGUCAAAGACUUCUGUGAGGAGAUAUUUGCUAUUAAAGAAAGUGAUGAGCGGGCCCGAGAACUUGAUCCUUUGGCCUCUGAAGUGAGAAGAAGAAGAGAACGACCUCGGCGUGUUUUGCGCUGA